AUGACAUUUGAUAGGAUUUAUUGUGAGGUGCAGUCAUUCUUUCGUGGUUGGUUAUGUCGUCGCCGUUGGAAACAAAUUGUUGAAGAAUAUAUUCGAUCAGAUCAUGCUGAAUCAAUGCGUCGACGUAAUAGUAUUGUAUUUGGCUUAGUUGAAUGUGAAGACGAAUAUGUUCAACAAUUGUCUAUAUUAGUCACUUGUUAUUUGAGACCAUUUCGUAUGGCUGCGAGUUCAAAAAAGCCAAUUGUUAGUCAUGAAGACGUAAAUUCAAUAUUUUUAAAUGCUGAAGCAGUUUUAUUUUUACAUCAAGUUUUUGUUCAAGGUUUACGGAAUAAAAUGGAGAAUUGGCCUACUUUACAAUUAGGUGAUCUAUUUGAUUUAUUAUUACCAAUGUUGGGAAUCUAUCAAGAAUAUGUACGUAAUCAUCAUUAUUCAUUACAAGUAUUAGCAGAAUAUAAACAACGUCCAGAAUUUACACAUAUGCUUAAACGUCUUGAAGAGAAACCAUUAUGUGAAGGUAGAUCAAUUGAAUCUUUUUUAACUUAUCCAAUGCAUCAAAUUCCACGUUACAUAAUCACUUUGCAUGAAUUACUUGCUCAUACACCAUAUGAUCAUGUUGAUAGAAAGAAAUUAGAGUUUGCUACAUCGAAAUUGGAACAAAUAUCUCAUAUACUCAAUAUUAGAGACGAAAUUGAACUCUACAAUUUAAAGAUUCUAAGUGCUCAUGAUACAGAUACUUGA